AUGGCUAUCGGCAACAUCUACGUGAUUGCCGGCGUGUCCGUCGUCGGCGGCGCGCUCUUCGGCUUCGACAUCUCGUCUGUGUCGGCCCAGCUGGCCGAGCAGUCGUAUCUCUGCUACUUCAACCAGGAUGAGAACCCGCCAACCACGGCCGACGGCAAAUGUGGUGGUCCGCGGUCUCUCGUCCAGGGCGGCAUCACCGCCUCCAUGGCUGCCGGCUCCUGGCUGGGAGCUCUGAUCUCGGGUCCUCUGUCUGAUCGACUGGGCCGCAAGUACUCCAUCAUGGUCGGAUGUAUCAUCUGGGUCAUUGGUUCCACUCUCUCCUGUGCCUCCCAAAACAUUGGUAUGCUCAUUGUCGCCCGUAUCAUCAACGGCCUCUCCGUCGGUAUCGAAUCUGCUCAGGUCCCCGUCUACAUUGCCGAAAUCUCUCCUCCCUCCAAGCGUGGUCGCUUCAUUGGUAUGCAGCAAUGGGCCAUCACCUGGGGCAUUCUCAUCAUGUACUACAUCUCCUAUGGCUGCUCCUUCAUUGGCGAUGACAACCCCGUCAGCUACAACACGGCCGCCUGGCGUAUCCCAUGGGGUCUCCAGAUGGUCCCCGCCUUCUUCCUCUUCUUCAUGAUGAUGCUUCUUCCCGAGUCUCCUCGUUGGCUCGCCCGCAAGGACCGCUGGGAGGACUGCCGCGCCGUCCUCACUCUGGUCCACGGCAAGGGUGACCCUAACCACCCCUUUGUCGCCUACGAGCUGCAGGACAUCAAGGACAUGUGCGAGUUUGAGCGCCAGCACUCCGAUGUCACCUACCUCGACCUGUUCAAGCCUCGCAUGCUCAACCGUACCUUUAUUGGUCUCUUUACUCAGAUCUGGUCGCAGCUGACUGGCAUGAACGUCAUGAUGUACUACAUUGCCAACAUCUUCUCCAUGGCUGGUUACAGCGGCAAUGCCAACCUGCUCGCCUCGUCCAUCCAGUACAUCAUCAACGUUCUCAUGACCAUUCCUGCCCUGCUCUGGGUCGACAAAUGGGGUCGCCGCCCCACGCUCCUCGUUGGUUCCGUUCUCAUGGCCCUGUGGAUGUACGCCAACGCCGGUAUUCUCGCCACCUACGGUGAAGUCGUUCCCGGCGGUAUCGACCACGUUGCUGCCCAGUCGAUGCGUGUCACCGGUGCUCCCGCCAAGGGUCUCAUCGCCUGCACCUAUCUCUUUGUGGCUUCCUUUGCACCCACCUGGGGUCCCGUCUCCUGGACUUACCCCCCGGAGCUGUUCCCUCUCCGUCUCCGAGGCAAGGGUGUCGCCAUGGCCACGUCUGGAAACUGGGCCUUCAACACCGCUCUGGGUCUCUUUACCCCCGUGGCCUUUGCCAACAUCAGAUGGAAGUCGUACCUCAUCUUCGCCGUCUUCAACACCGUUGCCUUCUUCCACGUCUUCUUCGUCUUCCCCGAGACUGCCGGAAAGACGCUGGAAGAGACCGAGGCCAUGUUUGAGGACCCCAACGGCAUUCCCUACCUGGGAACUCCCGCUUGGAAGACCAAGGUCGCAACCAACCUCACUGUCCGUGCCGAGCGCGGCGACGUCGAGGCCAAGAUUGCCCACGACACCGAGAAGCCUCCGAUCCACACUCACGAGGAGGAGACUACCCAGUAA